CGGCUAUCGGCUCGUCCGGAGUUGUCGCCGGGGUCCGUCGACGGGAAAAGAGUCACCGACUCAACCCCAGAACUAGUCAACUUUUAAACUCCGCUGUCCGCGAAGUCCAUCCACAUCCACCCCCCCUCAAUUCCUCCCGUCUACGCCUGUGAAUCCGUCUUUCUCCCUCUGACAACCUUGGUCUGGUAUUGGAGCUCCCCGCACAUUGUUCUUGGCCAUGAAAUCCCUUCUUCAUUUGACUCGCCGCAGGGCGUUGCAUAGCUUGGCCGUCCCGCGCGUACUGCCAGUUCAGUCCUCCGCCACGUUCAAUCACCCCUGCCGGCGGAACUUCAGUGCCACUUCAGCUGCGGCCUCGCAACUGGCUGGCCUCGAUCCCGCUAAACUCGCGGUGACGAAAACAACCACGCCGAAGGAAUUGACGGCGUCCAAGGACCUUGUAUUCGGCAAGACAUUUACUGAUCAUAUGCUCUCCAUCGAAUGGUCCGCAGACAAUGGCUGGCACACCCCCCAGAUUGUACCUUACCAAAACCUGAGCUUGGAUCCCUCGGCGUGCGUGUUUCACUACGCGUUCGAGUGCUUCGAGGGCAUGAAGGCAUACAAGGACAGCAAAGGCCAAAUCCGGUUGUUUCGCCCCGACAAGAACAUGGAGCGUCUGAACAAAUCUUCCUCGCGCAUUGCCUUGCCCACCGUCGACGGCGAAGCCCUCACCAAGUUGAUCGGGGAGUUUGUGAAUCUGGACAGUCGAUUUAUUCCUGACGCCCGGGGAUACUCGCUCUACCUCCGACCCACCAUGAUUGGCACCCAGAAGACCCUUGGUGUGGGACCCCCGGGCUCCGCUCUUUUGUUUGUGAUCGCAAGCCCCGUCGGCCCUUACUACCCCACCGGAUUUAAGGCGAUCUCUUUGGAGGCCACUGACUAUGCCGUCCGAGCCUGGCCCGGUGGCGUCGGAGACAAGAAACUGGGUGCUAACUACGCACCUUGUGUUCUGCCCCAGCUGAAUGCCGCUUCAAGGGGCUUCCAACAAAACCUGUGGCUCUUCGGAGAGGAAGAAUACGUGACAGAGGUCGGCACCAUGAACCUCUUCGUGGCGCUGAAGAACAAGGAAACGGGACAGAAGGAGUUGGUGACUGCACCGCUGGAUGGGACGAUUCUUGAGGGUGUCACUCGAGACUCUGUUCUCGAGCUCGCUCGUGAAAGAUUAGUGCCAAAGGGCUGGACCGUGUCUGAGCGCAAGAUCAGAAUGUCGGAGGUUGCCGAAGCGGCCGACGAGGGAAGACUCGUCGAAGUGUUUGGCUCUGGUACCGCGGCAAUCGUGAGUCCCGUGCGGUCUAUCAGCUACCGGGGUAAGUCGGUGGACUGCGGGCUAAAGGAAAAUGAAGAGGCUGGCGAGAUCGCUCUCCAGAUGAAGAAUUGGAUCGAGGGAAUCCAGUACGGCGACGAGGACCAUCCCUGGAGCUAUGUUCUAUAAACGACAAUACCAUCCUGUCGGGAGGUAAGUCGGCAAUUUGGCUUUCUGCCGUGAGCGUUUUGUAGGACAAAAGAGAGGGUGGAAAUAACGGGGUUCGGUCAUCUUGUUCAUUAUCCAUGAUGUUGCAUGAGCGCCGCUGUUAUAGGAUACGGCAUGGAACCAGCCCGUCGGUCCUUUCAUUGAUUCCGGUUGUUCUUUUGGCAAUCCUGGGAAGGAGCGAGGGAUGGGGCGGAUGAAGCACUUGGCAAUCUUUUCCGACUCCUCGGUCGCCCACGGCGCUUUGGUGCUAGCCACCAGCAACCGAAGAGCGCGACCUGGUAUUCUGCAGAAGGCAGCACUUGCAAGAGUGUACAUAGUCCCGAUUUGAAUUUCAGACAUUGUCGAGGUCCAGUGACCCCGACUGUCUUGUUUCGGAG